GGCGCGAAUUGACGACUACGGACGCGAGUAAACUUCUCAGUGACCGGUUGUUAUUAUGAUCAUAAUCAAAAAAUAGAUAUUUGAAUCUUAUAGGUUUACAAUUAAUUACGAAUCCACGGCUGCACUAUGACUCUCACAGAAAUGGAGCCUUUAAGGAUUCACUUGGAUUCCCUGGAAAUGGCAGGAAAAAUGGUCGACAAACACAUUGCAGCAGAUAGCAAUUUUCCAUCUUUAAUUAACCUUAUGAGAUAUACUGUACAAGGUGGUCCAACAGUAAGUGGCCUCGAUGUUUAUGAUUAUCCAAACUUGAAUGGCUCCAGUUUAUUGAAUGUGAACCAUAUGAGAAUCCACAGCAAAAUUCCUUUGCCUUCAGAAGUCAUGGAACAUUUUGGACAUAUGCAAUGUCAUUGUAUGAUGGGAAUAUUCACAGAAAUCUCGAAGGCCUGGCUGACCAUCGACAGCGAUAUUUACGUCUGGUCCUAUGAAAACGAAUCCGAUGUGGCAUACUUUGACGGGUUAAAUGAAACAAUCAUCAGUGUCGGUUUAGUUAAACCAAAACCUGCAAUAUUUCAAAGCUACGUGAAAUACUUACUAAUAUUAACGACCACUGUUGAAAUUACAGUCCUCGGUGUCACUUUAUCAGAAACUAGCGACGGCUCGCAAGGAGAAAUCCAACUAGUCCCAGAACCAAUUUUCACAGUCACAACAGAUGGAAUUGCCAUCACGACUGUAGCAAAUACAAAUAGUGGUCGAAUUUUUCUUGGUGGCAGGAACGGUUCUCUUUAUGAAAUAUAUUACCAAGCAGAAAGUAGUUGGUUUGGCAAACGUUGUAAAAAGAUAAACCAUUCAGAAGGUCCGCUUUCCUUCCUCGUUCCCUCUUUCGUUUCCAUCGCCUUGAGCGAGGAGGAGGCAAUUAUACAAAUUUCAGUCGACGAUUCUCGAAAUAUUUUAUACACCCUCGGAGAUAAAGGGACAAUAUCCGUCUGGGAUAUUGACAAUGGAGGCGCUUCUAAAAUCACAUCAAUGUCUCAAUCAUGCCUCGUUCAACAUUCAAUUCACGCCGUUAAGACCCUCGAUAGUAACAAUUUCCGACCUCUGGUUAGCAUAUCGGCGAUAAGUGAAUCAGAAUCAGUACAUCUGAAUCUUGUUGCGGUCGCAGCUACCGGAACAAGAUUUUAUUUUAGCUGCAGUUCCGUUUCUAAUCCUUGUAGCAGACCACAAGGUUUUCAAUUAAUCCAUGUGAGAUUACCGCCAGGUUAUGCAGCUAAUGCGCCGAUUAUAAGGCCGAGAAAAGUUCAAAUGGCACAUUACAGGAAAGGAACUCUAAUAUUGACUUGCGGUGGAGAUUCGGAAACCGUAUGGUGUUUAACGAACGAUGUUUUCCCCUUCACAAAUUUUUUGGCGGAAACGCAAAGUAUUCUUCCAUUGGACAGUCCGGUGUGGUCGAUGGCUGAAAUUCUAGGGGAACCAGCCAUUCACAUUGAAAAACAAAGUCUGUCUCAGGGCGAUCCUCCGCUUUUGGUCAGGCAGCACAUGGAACCACCUAGAAAAUUUAUUUUCCUCACUGCACAGGGUGCUAUAAUAUUAAUUCAAGAGCGGCCAGUAGAUAUCCUUCGCCAGCUUCUUUUAAAACAACGAGGUCCAGAUACAGAACCAGUGAGAGCCUAUUUUCAAUCGCAGUCUCCAGAACAAGCUUGUGCCACGUGUUUGAUUUUAGCAACUCUCGAAAGUUCUCAAAAUGUCCAAUUAUCAGAAUGGGCAACAAGAGCCUUUUUCUUGUACGGAGGCCAAAGAAUAUCGAACAUAACACCAAACAUGGAAAUUCAUAGUGGAUUUUCAGGUCUCAACACUGGAGAUCUUCGAACUUCAACUCCCAGAAUGCUGGGCAUGGAUUCUCGAUCCCCAAUAUUCAGAUCGCAACAGCAAACCGGCGUAUGUACUGAUAUAGCCUUGCAACAAUUUUCAGGAAAGCACGGCGGUUUAUAUCUUUACGUGGGCAGAUUACUCAGGCCAAUUUGGAACAUCCGUUGUAUUAAACAAGAGACUGUAAAUAAUAAAUGCCAGAUUCUCAGCACAGUAUCAGCAAGUCAAGUAGGCUGGAUAUUAGGACACUUGCAAGCCCUCAGAUCUUUCCUGAACAAAAACACACACAUUUCUAAACAACACAAUUCAACUCGAAGCAUCACCAACGGUUUUGAAAUUAGCCACGUCCAAGAACCAAUCGUCGAAGAAAGAAACUCGUUAGAUGCUUUAAAAAUUUUCAUUGCUCAUGCCUGCGAAAUUCUCGGACUUUGGAAAAUCCUCUGCGAGAAUCAAUUGCAUAAUAUAGUCAGUUGUCUCUCGAAGGAACAAAUCAAUCAAUUCGCUACAGCGACCUUUAGAGAUUUAAUUUUAAUUGGACAGGAAAUAUCAUCAUUGCUGAUUAUUCAUUUGAUCGAUAGUUAUUUGGGUGAUAAUGCUUCAGUCGAUGCAGUGAGUUCAAAGCUGCGUGAAGUCUGUCCAAAUUUGUACAGAAGCGAGGACGCCAUUUGCUCAAAAGCCAACGAGAUUAUCCUCAAAGCAAAAAGCUGUACGAAUCCAGAAGAAAAGGAAACCUAUUUACAAUCAGCCCUCAAGCUUUGUAAGGAAGUUGCUCCAAGAUUAAAUUUGGCAGCUGUCUGCCAACAAUUUGUAACCUGUCAAUUUUAUUCUGGCGUUUUGGAACUAUGUCUUUGUUGCGCAGAAAGGAUCGAUCCCAAUAAUGCUGCUUUGCAUUAUUAUAAAAACAACGAACCGAUGGAAGAUCAAGAAGGCAAUGCCGCUUACGCAAAAAGGCUGGAAAUUUACAAAGAAUUCACUGCUAUGUUGGAUCAUCUCUACAAUCAAAGUAUUUCGAAUCCUUUAACACCAACGAUUCCGAGCAGACCAGGUCCUCCGAUUAUGAAUCUUUCAACGAUAAAUGCCCCAGCAAAGGACAUGCUACACCAGAUUAUCGACGAGGCUUUGCAUUCACCUUGUGAAACUUUACACGCUGCUGUGUACAUGUGGAUGAUUGAAAAAGGACUUCAUGGAGAACUUAUUGCCCUUGCAGCUCCUUCUUUGGAGGCUUAUCUAAUUCGUGUUGGAGCUCCGGAGUUACUCUGGCAGUAUUACGAAAGGAAUAAAAAUCACGCAGCUGCUGCUAAAAUUUUAGAUUCUUUAGCCACAAAACCUGGAUCUGGCGUACCGUUAUCGCAACGAGUCGAAUAUUUAGCUCGUGCUGUUGUUUGUAUGCGAAGUGAUAGAGCCGGUUAUGCUCCCUAUCUUGGAGUUUUUCUACGAGAACUGGAAGACAAAGUGGAGGUGGCGAGAAUACAACAACAGAUAUUGGAAACUAUUACGAAUCAGGAAAAUAUUCUUGACUCUGUUUCUGUUCGAGAUGCGAAAAUUAGACUCAAUUCUUCUUUACUAGAUAUUACACAGUUGUACGAAGAAUACGCUGAGCCGCUUCAACUUUGGGAGUGUAAGCUGGCGAUAAUCCAUUGUUCCGGACAUCAGGAUUCGAUGUUGAUCCAAGGAAUUUGGACCAGCAUUAUCGAUAAUGAAUUAAGAAAUGCUGCGGCUCCAGCAUCGGAAGACAAGAUAGCAAUUCUGAUGAGCAAAAUUAAGCAACUUGGGCAAGAAUAUUCUGGAAGUCCUCAUUGUUUCCCCAUAGAUUUCUUAUUGAAACAACUUGAAAUACGAGCCUGUCGACUGAAAAUAUCCAACGAUCAUAUAAUUAGAGGACUUCUGCAAUUAGGAGUUCCGAUAGAAGAUCUGUUGGAUUACUACGAUAAAUUGAUUGGAGGGAACAAUCGCACUUGGUUGAAUGAGGGUAACGAGUUUCAUCUGAUUGAAUCGACUGCAAAUUUAGUUAAUUAUUUUAUAUCGAACUCGAACGUGUCAAAUAAUUACAACAGGAUGAAAAUAAUUACCAAGUGUCAGGACGUUAUUUCGAAAUGCUUGACGAUCCUCUUUAGCAAACCAAAUGGAGGACAAUUGAUAGAAAAACUGAGAUCCAUACAAAGUGUUCUUAAUCGUUUGUGAGCUUCCAGUGUGAAGCUUAGGUGAAUCAUGAUGAUUAGUUUUGAAGACUUUCAUAAUAUAACGUCGUGUAAAAACCCAAAGAGAAACUCGAUAUUUUUACUGGUCUGCGCAGUGCUUUUUUUACAUAAUUUGAUGUUUUGCAAUUGUUAUUUUUAAAUAAACACAUUCCGUUAUUAAAGGAA